ACGUAUAGCGUAUAUCUAUCUGAAUACGCGAGUGAUUGCGCGCGUGUCUAUAAUUUGGUUUUUGUUUUAUUUAAAUAUUAUUUUGGAUUAUCUUCAAUCGAGGACCGAGUUAUUGACUAAAUAUCUCGACCGGCCAUAUGUCGUGAAAACUGACGAAGGGUUACAAUUGUUAUUAUUGUGGUAGUUUAUUUAUUUUUAUAAAUUCUUUCAAAAAUAAAAGAUGUCGUCGAAAGCUAUCUACGAGGCAACGGGCAAGGAUCUGAUCAACAGACACAUAGCCUCCGGUACGGCCCUGGUACCGUGCAGGUUCGCCACAUUCGAACAGAGCACAGUGUGGGAGGAUGAGCUGGGGAAAAAUCCAUGGCUCUCGAAGGAGCAAUUGGUCGUAAAACCGGACCAGCUGAUCAAACGUCGCGGCAAGCUGGGUCUGGUCGGCGUGAACAAGACGGCGGCGGAGGUCCGGCGUUGGCUCGGCGAGCACAUGGCCAAGGAGCAGACGAUAGGCGCCUGCGUCGGGCGGCUGAGGCACUUCAUAGUUGAGCCCUUCGUCAAACACGAACCGAGCGACGAGAUGUACCUGUGCAUACAGUCGGGCCGGCGCUCCGACACCAUCCUGUUCCACCACCAGGGAGGGGUCGACGUCGGAGACGUGGACGCCCUGGCCAUCCGACUAGAGGUGCCCGUGGACACCUUCCCGACGGGAGAAGAAGUCGAGAGGGUUUUGUUGAAGAACGUCAAAUCUCCAUCUACUAAAAGGACCCUGACGACGUUCAUAGUGUCUCUAUACCGCGUCUACAUUGACUUGUACUUCACGUACAUGGAGAUCAAUCCGCUGGUGGUGACCAACGAGAGGAUAUACCUGCUGGACCUGGCCGCGAAACUGGACCAGACCGCGGACUUCAUCUGUGCGAAGAACUGGGGCGAGGUCACGUUCCCUCCGCCCUUCGGGAGGGACGCCUACCCUGAAGAGGCGCACAUCGCCGACCUGGACGCCAAGAGCGGGGCCAGUCUGAAGUUGACGGUGCUGAACAAGUCUGGUCGCGUGUGGACGAUGGUGGCGGGCGGCGGCGCCAGCGUGGUGUACACGGACACGGUGUGCGCGCUGGGCGGCGCCCACGACCUGGCCAACUACGGGGAGUACUCGGGCGCGCCCACGGAGACGCAGACCGCGGACUACGCGAAGACCAUCUUCAGCCUCAUGUGCCGCGAGAAGCAUCCCGACGGGAAGGUACUGAUCGUGGGCGGCGGCAUCGCCAACUUCACCAACGUGGCGGAUACCUUCCGGGGCAUCAUCACCGCCAUAGAGACGUACAAGGACGCCCUAAAGCAGUACAACGUCACCAUCUUCGUCAGGAGGGGGGGACCGAACUACCAGGAGGGACUCAGACAAAUGCGCGAAGUGGGCCAGCGCCUCCGCAUCCCGCUGUACGUGUUCGGUCCGGAGACGAACAUGACGUCCAUAGUGGGCCUGGCGCUGGGACACUCGCCCAUACCCAAGGAGCACCAGCUCGACUACGCGCCCAAGCAGCUGCCCAGGCCGCAGCCCGCGCCGGCUCCGAAACUGGACCUGCCUGACGUGACCCACAGCCUGCUCGACCUGAUCUGCUCCCAGGCCCCGACCAAACUGGACCUAGGGCAGGGUGUCUCCACCUCAAUGCCCCUCUUCAGCGACAGAACGAAGGCCAUCAUAUGGGGCAUGCAGAAUAGGGCCAUACAGGGCAUGUUGGACUUCGACUACAUCUGCCGGCGCUCGGAGCCCUCGGUCGUCGCCAUCGUGUACCCGUUUACGGCGGACCACAAACAGAAGUACUACUUCGGGAACAAGGAAGUCUUCAUACCGGUGUUCUCGGACAUGGACGUGGCGAUGCGCAAGCACCAGGAGGCGACGGUGCUCGUCAACUUCGCUUCGCUUCGCUCGGCCUACGACAGCACCAUGCAGGCCAUGCAGCACCCUCAGAUCAACACCGUGGUCAUCAUCGCGGAGGGCAUCCCCGAGAACAUGACGCGGAAGAUCAUCAAGCUCGCUGACGUCAGAGGAGUGAACAUAAUCGGGCCUGCCACUGUGGGAGGCAUUAAACCAGGCUGCUUCAAGAUCGGCAACACUGCUGGCAUGAUUGACAAUAUCAUUGACAGCAAACUGUACCGGCCUGGGAGCGUGGCGUACGUGUCCCGCUCGGGAGGCAUGAGCAACGAGCUGAACAACAUCCUGUCGAAGGACGCGGACGGCGUGUGCGAGGGGGUCGCGAUCGGGGGCGACCGCUACCCCGGGACCACCUUCAUCGACCACCUGCUCAGGUUCGAAGCGGACCCGCAAGUGAAGAUGCUGGUGCUGCUGGGAGAAGUGGGGGGAGUCGAGGAGUACCACGUCUGCAAGGCCAUCAGGGACGGAAUCAUCAAGAAGCCCCUCGUGGCCUGGUGCAUAGGAACUUGCUCCGACAUGUUCACGUCUGAGGUCCAGUUCGGACACGCGGGCUCGCUGGCCGGCUCCGCCGUUGAGAAGGCUGCGGUCAAGAAUGAGGCUCUGAAGGCCUACGGAGCCACCGUCCCGGACUCCUUCGACGGCCUAGGGGCUGCCGUGGGCGAGGUCUACCGCAGGCUGGUCGACGAGGGCAAGAUCAUCGUCAAGGAGGAGGUGGAACCGCCUAAGGUCCCCAUGGACUACGAUUGGGCUCGGAAGUUGGGUAUAAUCCGGAAGCCGGCUGCCUUCAUCAGCACGAUAUGCGACGAGCGAGGCCAGGAGCUGAGCUACUGCGGGGUGCCCAUCUCCCAGGUGCUGGAGAGGCAGCUCGGGGUCGGCGGCACCAUCAGCCUGCUGUGGUUCCAGCGCGAGCUGCCGGAGUGGGCGAGCCGGUUCUUCGAGCUGGUGCUGAUAGUGACCGCGGACCACGGGCCCGCCGUGUCGGGCGCGCACAACACCAUGGUCACGGCGCGCGCCGGCAAGGACCUCAUCUCCUCCGUCGUCAGCGGCCUGCUCACCAUCGGCGACCGGUUCGGUGGGGCCUUGGACCGCGCCGCGGCCGACUUCUGCGCCGCCUACGACAAGGGACAGCACCCCCAAGAGUUCGUCAACGAGAAGAGGGCCAAGGGAGAGCUGAUCAUGGGCAUCGGACACAGGGUGAAGUCGAUAAACAACCCGGACUCCCGCGUGCGCGAGCUGAAGGCGUACGUGACGGCGCGCUGGCCCGCGUGGCCGGUCACCCGGUACGCGCUCGACGUGGAGGCGAUCACCACCAGGAAGAAGCCGAACCUCAUCCUGAACGUGGACGGCAUCGUGGCCGCCGCCAUGGUCGACCUGUUCCGCCACUGCCAGCUCUUCACGCAAGAUGAAGGCAAUAAUUAUAUUCAGAUGGGCUCAAUCAACGCUCUGUUCGUCCUGGGUCGCACGAUAGGUCUGGUCGGACAUUACUUGGACCAGAAGAGGAUGAAGCAGCCUCUGUACCGUCAUCCGUGGGACGACAUCACCUACAUGUCGCCUCUGAACUAAACGAGCCGGUUGUAUUUUGUGUUUCAAACGUAGAAGUAAUGUUGAAUGAUUUGCACGAGAACAUCGACCUAUAAGUACAAUUGUGACGUCACAGCGUCAGACUUCGAGCCCGCAAUGGAAUGUAAAUUUUUGUUUAUGUGUUGUAAUACUAGUUUAUUCUUUCGGCCUCGGUCGAGACCGCGUUGUAUGUGCGCAUAAUGAAUGACAACAGCAGAAUCGUUGUAGCACCAGGAUUUGAAUCAAUUUUGAUAUGAUUUUUUUUAUUAUUAUAUUAUGUCUAAGAAGAAUAGUCUAAAUUCCAUGGAAAAUACAAGAAUAUUGAAAUAAAUUCGCGUAGGAAGCGAUAUUUGCUCAAAGCGGUUCGGAUCAGGCCUCUAGUGUCGAAGAAUUCUCUUGGUUGUGUUCAGAGUAAUGUCUGGUGAAUACAUCAUGUUGUUCCCUAAUAUGUCACAGAUACUUAACUGUGACUUACCCUAGUAUAUCACCGAUACGCAACUGUGAUUUACCCUAAUAUCUCACAGGUAUGUAACUGUGAUUUACCCUAAUAUGUCACAGAUACUUAACUCUGAUAUAAAUCAGUAUAAACCAGUAUAUCACUGAUAAUAGUAACUGUGAUUUACUCUAAUAUUUCACAGGUACGUAACUGUGAUUUGUCCUAAUAUAUCACAGAUACUUUGAUUUAUACUAGUAUAUCACAGGUACGUAACUGUGACUCAUACUAAUAUUGAAUUACAACGCACACUAAUAUUUAACAAUGACUUACCUAGUAUUUCACAGCUACUGAUAUAUAUCUUCAUGAUAUCCACUAAUCUGUACUCUGAUACAAUUUCCCUCGCGUAAUCCUCGUCGUUCAGUUUAAGUGUGAGGUUGCCGCUGUCGAUCCCAGGGUGUGAUCGGAGAUGAGUGAUGUCAACAGGAAAUCAAUUUGUUCAACGUUAUUUCUAUGAAUUUCGAAGGUGACGCGCGCGAUCAGAGCGAAUGUAAUACUAUUUUAGUACAGGGGUACAGGGGGGAACACUUUUGAUUCCAGUGGGCUUAGUGCGAGCUUUUUAACGUUCUCGCUAGCGUUAAAGUUAACUCAAUUUUGUAUAGAGUUGGAACAGCGCCCCUAGCGGCAUACGUAGGCAAACGAUCCAACUCCAUACAAAUACGGGGCUAACUUUUACGCUAUCGAGAACAUUAAAAAAAACUCGCACUAAGCUUACAGAGCUGGUAUGGUGUGACUG